AUGGCGUCAAGAUACAUGGCUACUGGCUAUCAAACUCCUUGUCUCUUUGAAAAAAUUGUGUUCAAAAGCCUUCAGGGGUUUCUCUUUGAAAUGCGCAACUACGAAAAGUUCACGACAGAGAGUGAUCUCGAAUCGGCAAAAGACGAAUGUCUUCUAUACGAAGAUGAAGUUCUGCCCAUUCACUUCAUAGAUCAGGCGGCUAUUAUUCGUAAAAUCGUUUUCAACUAUACCUUUCGCUAUGACAGCGUCCUCGACGCUAGAAAGCUUCACGAAAGUCUACUCCAACUUGUGCAUACGCCUGGAUGGCGUAAAGUUGGCGGCCGUCUACGAGCCAAUAGUGAAGGAAAACUCGAGAUCCAUGUACCACGCGUUUUCACCGAGACACGCCCUGCCGUGAGAUUUUCCCACGUCGACCACCUCAACACCAACAUCGACUCCCAUCCCCUUGCUUCGAGGCUGCCCAAAGCAACAGGAUCUACACCAUCUUUACAAGAAGGUAGUCCAGCCUUCAAGUCUUUCGCUGCGCCUGUUGAUCUGCGAAAGAACACCAACCAUUACUUGAGGAGUGAUGAGCCCUUGCUAUGUCUUCAUGUCACAUCUUUCGCAGACGCUACACUAGUAGGACUCACCUAUCCACAUUCGCUCGCCGAUGCCAUGGGUAUAUCAGAGCUGCUCAAAGCAUGGUCCAAUAUCAUAGUGGGCAAAAGCUAUCUGGUCAAGCCUCUUCAGGGCACUUAUCGAGAUGUGCUUGACAGCGCAGGAACAGACCACGAUAAGGAAGUCUCGCAAAGAGAGUUCGCUUUAGAAAGUAAGCAAACUCGUGGCGUUGCUUUGGUGUCCUUCAUUGCCAGAUAUGUAUGGGAUAUCGCGACUCGCCGAACCGUGCAGGCUCGACACAUCUAUCUGCCCGCCAACUAUCUGAGGCAUCUGCGCCAAGGAGUCGAGCAAGAAUUGAAGGAAACACAUGGUGGAGUGGUUCCCUUCGUCAGCGAUGGGGAUCUCAUCACAGCUUGGGGUUCUCGCCUUGUCAUGUCGUCACGACCAUGGAAGAGGUGCAGUGCAGUGAUAUGCAACGUAUUCGAUAUCCGCCGGCGUUUGGAGAAUACGUUUGCGCCCGAGGGCCCAUACCUGCAAAAUCUGAUCCUUCCAGCAACGACUGUUCUAUCCAGACAGGAGGCUGCCAACGCCACGACGGCACAGGUUGCUCAACAUCUGCGCCAAGCCAUCGCAGAGCAGACCAGCGACAUGCAGACCCGAAGUCUCCUGCGUCUCGCACGUAACUGGUUUGCAGCUCUGGGUACAAUGCCCCUGUUUGCGCGGUGGGAUUCCCGAGUGAUUGCCUGCUCCAACUGGACCAAGGCAAAAUUCUUGGAUGCCGCCGAUAUCAGCUCUGCUGCCUCGGGCGACGUUGGCGAACACAAGCCCUGCACUGGGGUGGUGGGGAACUCUGCGGCGGAUGCGGCGCAAGAUCAUGUCAGACCAGUCAUGUUCUGGGGCACCACCAUGAACACGGAUGACAAAACUCGUGACGCUUUUAUGAUAUAUGGCAAGGACGAAUCUGGAAAUUACUGGGUUCAGGGGUUUUUGAGAAAGGAAAGCUGGGCCCUGAUUGAGGAGGAAUUUCGACGCUUCGGAAUGGAUUCGAAGGAAUCUAUCUGA